UGGACCGCCGCCAUGAGCCCGCUCGGUGUGAUGGCGGGAUGAUUCGGUAAACCGUGAAGCUGUCCGGACCCGUUCACCAUGAAGCUGCUCUUUGUGCUGCUGACGCUCUGCUGCUGGCGCGAGGCGCUCUGCGGCUCCCCGAGCGUGCAGAUAGGUGGGCUGUUCCCUCGGGGGGCCGAUCAAGAGUACAGCGCAUUCCGAGUUGGGAUGGUUCAGUUUGGGAUGACCGAUUUCAGGCUCACUCCUCACAUCGAUAAUCUGGAGGUUGCCAACAGCUUCGCAGUCACGAACUGCUUUUGUUCACAGUUCUCCCGAGGAGUCUAUGCCAUCUUUGGUUUCUAUGAUAAGAAGUCGGUGAACACCAUCACAUCCUUUUGUGAGACACUCCACGUGUCCUUCAUCACGCCAUCUUUCCCAGCUGAAGGAAUGAACCAGUUCGUCCUGCAGAUGAGGCCGGACAUCAAAGGCCCCCUGGUGUCUUUAGUGGAGUACUACAAAUGGGAGAAGUUUGCUUAUCUGUAUGACAGCGAUAGAGGCUUGUCCACUCUUCAGGUGAUUCUGGAUACUGCAGCAGAGAAAAAAUGGGUCGUCACAGCAAUCAAUGUGGGGAACCUGAAAGACGAGAGGAAAGACGAGGCAUACCGCUCCCUAUUCCAGGACUUAGAAAUCCGUAAGGAACGCCGCAUCAUCCUGGACUGUGAGCAGGACAAAGUCAAAGACAUCAUGGAGCAGGUGAUCACGAUUGGUCGACAUGUGAAGGGAUAUCAUUACAUCAUUGCUAACUUGGGUUUUCUGGAUGGGGACCUCUCCAAAAUCCAGUACGGAGGGGCAAAUGUUUCUGGCUUUCAAAUUGUAGAUUUUGAUGAUCCUGUGGUUGCCAAGUUUGACCAGAGAUGGGAAGCUCUGGAGGAAAAAGAAUAUCCUGGAGCCGAUUCACGGAUCAGAUACACCUCAGCGCUGACCUAUGAUGCUGUCAACGUGAUGACCGAAGCAUUCCGCUUCCUGCACAAACAGAGGAUAGACAUGAGUCGCCGUGGAAACAGUGGGGACUGCCUGGCAAAUCCAGCGGUGCCUUGGGCUCAGGGGGUGGAGAUUGAACGGGCUCUCAAACAGGUGCGUGUCGACGGUCUGACAGGUAACAUCCAGUUUGACCAGUAUGGAAAGAGAAUCAACUACUCAGUGACCAUCAUGGAGCUGAAGAACAACGGGCCAGUCAAGAUCGGAUACUGGAACGAGGUGGACAAGAUGGUGGUGACAAAGUCAGACCUUUACCCAAAUGACACCAUGGGGAUGGAAAACAAGACAGUCAUUGUUACCACCAUACUGGAAGCCCCCUACGUGAUGCUGAAGAAGAACGCUGAGCUGUUCCAGGACAACGAUCGAUACGAAGGGUACUGCGUUGACCUGGCUGCAGAAAUUGCAAAGCACUGUAUGAUUCGCUACCAGCUGAGGAUUGUGGGAGAUGGAAAAUAUGGAGCCAGAGAUGCAGAAACAAAAAUCUGGAAUGGGAUGGUCGGUGAGCUGGUGUACGGGAAAGCAGACAUUGCUGUGGCACCUCUGACCAUCACCCUGGUACGAGAGGAGGUCAUCGAUUUCUCCAAGCCCUUCAUGUCUCUGGGAAUCUCCAUCAUGAUCAAGAAGCCUCAGAAAUCUAAGCCGGGCGUCUUCUCCUUCCUCGACCCGCUGGCCUAUGAGAUCUGGAUGUGCAUUGUCUUCGCGUACAUCGGCGUCAGUGUGGUUCUCUUUCUGGUGUCCAGGUUUAGUCCCUAUGAGUGGACGUUGGAGGAGCCAGAGGAUGGAGCUUUGCCUUUGACGACUGAAUCCACCAACGAGUUCGGGAUCUUUAACUCCCUCUGGUUCUCUCUGGGGGCCUUCAUGAGGCAGGGCUGUGACAUCUCACCCAGGUCUCUGUCGGGCCGGAUUGUGGGUGGCGUGUGGUGGUUCUUUACUCUCAUCAUCAUCUCGUCGUACACCGCUAACCUGGCUGCCUUCCUGACAGUGGAGAGGAUGGUUUCUCCCAUCGAGAGCGCUGAAGAUCUGGCCAAACAGACGGAGAUCGCUUAUGGGACUUUGGACUCCGGAUCCACCAAGGAGUUCUUCAGGCGCUCCAAAAUCGCCUUAUUUGACAAGAUGUGGCAGUACAUGAAAUCAGCAGAGCCUUCAGUCUUUGUGAAGAAAACAUCCGAGGGUGUCCAGCGAGUCAGGAAGUCCAAAGGGAAGUACGCCUACCUGCUGGAGUCCACCAUGAACGAGUACAUCGAGCAGAGGAAACCCUGUGACACCAUGAAAGUUGGCGGGAACCUGGACUCCAAAGGCUAUGGCAUUGCCACGCCAAAAGGAUCCCCAUUAAGUUCACUGCAGAUGUCGACUGUCCCUCCCUCUCUCUUUCUCUCUGACUGCUGCAGAGGAUUUUUACAAUCACUUUGUUCUAUUGUACAUUGUAUUUAAAGCCUCAUUAAGUGAUUUAAGAAGAGGUUUGAAAUGUGUCUGGAUGAAAUAUUAAUGAGGUUACACAGCUGUGCUCCAAAGGCUCAUUAGGGUAACAUUUAGGUUAGAUUGGGUUGCAGGUGGGUUAGAUUGUGUUACAGUUAGGUUAGAUUGGGUUACAGGUAAGUGAGAUUAGAUUUGGUUACAGUUAGGUUAGAUUGGGUUACAGGUAGGUGAGGUUAGACUGGGUUACAGGUAGGUGAGACUGGGUUACAGUUAUGUUAGUUUAGAUUUGGUAACCUAACUAUGUUAGGUUAGGCUCGAUUUGGUUACAGUUACAAUAGGUUAGAUUUGGUUAAAGAUAUAGAUUGGGUUACAGCCAUGUUAGGUUAGAUUGGGUUUUAGUUAGGUUAGGUGACAUUGGGUUACAGUUAUAUUAAAUUUAGUUACAGUUAUAUUAGAUUAAACUGGGUUACAGUUAGGAUAAGUUAGGCUAUAUUGGAUUACAGUUAUGUUAGAUUGGGUUACAGGUAGGUUAGAUUGUGUUACAGUUAGAUUACAUCGGGUUACAGUUAGGAUAAUUUAGGCUAGAUUGGAUCAUAAUUAUAUUAGAUUGGGUUACAGUUAGACUAGUUUGGGUUACAGUUAUUUCAGGUCAGAUUUGGUUACAGGUAGGUUAGGUUAGAUUGUGUCAAAGGUAGAGUAGAUUGGGUUAUAGUUAGGAUCAAUUAGGUUAGAUUGGGUUACAGUUAGGAUGAUUUAGGCUAGACUGAAUUACAGUUAUAUUAGAUUGGGUUACAGUUAGAUUAUAUUGGGUUACACUUAGGAUCAGUUAGACUAGUUUGGGUUUAUGUUAGGUUAGAUUGGGUUACAGUUAGGAUGAUUUAGGCUAGAUUGAAUUAAAAUUAUAGUAGAUUGGGUUACAGUUAGACUAGAUUGGGUUACAUGUAGGUUAGGAUGGGUAAUAUAAUGAAUUAUAAUUCAUCAGAGAAAUUAGAUUCAGCAUUCGUCAUGGAUCACUUAAUGAGGCUUUAAUUUACUAUUUUUUUGUUGUGAAGAUGUAAAUGAAGAAUGAUUCUUGUGGACAUGGUAGAACCAGAGACACGAUUCAAAAUUCAGAUUUGAUUUCAACUUUAACUCUUCAAACUUUGAGUAAAUCUUCAGACAAUGUCUCUGCUCCUAGCAUGUUUUUACUGUUUCUUUGUUGUUCACACUGAUCAAUCAAAGUAAUUGAUUAUUGAUAAAUAUGUCUCUAAUGAUAUAUUUCCACAGAUGGGCUCAGGUCCAAAACGAAUAUAAAUUAAAUGCUCAAAUUACUCAUACUAAAUUUAGAUUAAUAAUGGUAUUUAAGUGAAAUCAUACCUAAUCCAGUAAGAUUAAAGAGCGAUGAGUCCUGUUCUACUGAUUGGCCAAAACUGUUGAUAAAAAUAUUUACAUCUCAAAAAGCUAACUCCAGCUUUCAACACAGUGCCAUUUUCAUUUGGACAAAAGUGUUAAUUUAUGGACACAAGGACAAAUUCAUCAUGUCAUGACACAAUGAAGAAGCUCUGCCUGCUGAAUCAGUUUAAACUUUUUUUUAACGCAAAAACAGAAAAAAAUUAUCCCUGGAAACAAAUCAAAUCAAAUCAAAAACCAAAAUGUACCCAAAGCUGAAUUGAGCGAUAGAGAUACACUGAUCAAUAACUAAAUCACCUUUCAAUAACUAAAUGAUGUUUAAUACACUGAUCAAUAACACUGAUCAAAAACUAAACCAAGUUUCAAAGAAUGAUCAAUAACAAAACUAUGUUUAAAACACUGAUCAAUAACUAACCCAUGUUUAAAACACUGAUCAAUAACACUGAUCUAAACUAAACCAUGUUUAAAUCACUGAUCAAUAACCAAACUAUGCAUAAAACACUGAUCAAUUACACUAAUCAAUAACUAACCCAUCUUUAAAUCAAUGAUCAAUAACUAAACAAUGUUUAAAUCAGUGAUCAAUAACACUGAUCAAUAACUAACCCAUUUUUAAAACACUGAUCAAUAACACUGAUCAAUAACUAAACCAGGUUUAAAACUCUGAUCUAUAACUAAACAAUGCUUAAAUCACUGAUCAAUAACACAAUCAGUACCUUAAUGAUUAUAUCACUGAUCAAUACCUUGAUGAUUUAAUCACCGAUCAAUACCUUAAUGAUUAUAUCACUGAUCAAUACCUUGAUGAUUUAAUCACUGAUCAAUAUCUUAAUGAUUAUGUCACUGAUCAAUACCUUGAUGAUUCAAUCACCGAUCAAUACCUUAAUGAUUAUAUCACUGAUCAAUACCUUGAUGAUUUAAUCACUGAUCAGUUCUUUGAUAACUCUAACCCAAUCAGAUGCGAUCAAUAAAGAUUUUUUUUCAUGAUCUUGAAAAUUUAAGUGAUUUGAUUUUAUCACAUUAAAAAUAAAAAAAAAUAAAAAACCUUUUAAGAUAGAUCUUCAAAAUAAAAGUCCUCAGAUGUUGACUAUCAAAAUAAAAGUCUAAAACAGAGAUAUUAAUUUUAUUCUUAACAGCUAAAGAAAAAAACGUUCACUACUGAUUUUUUAAUCUACUAUUUAUUCAAAAACUUCCUUGAUUUUUGUUUUUUAUUUUCAUACCUAUUUACAAAAAAGUUGGGACGUCGUGUAACAUUAAUAAAAACACAAUACAAUUAUUUGUUAACCUGUAUUUAUCU